AUAGCUUUAGUUGACACACACGUGUUGUGUUGUUUUCAAAUCGCAGGUUAACCUGCAAAUAAGGUGUGUGUAAAUAUGGGGAAAAAAAGGAAAAUCGCUGAUGGUCAAAGCGAUAAUAGCGCGAAGAAACCACGCUCCACAUUGAUUUCAAUAGAGGAAUUCCGAAAACAAAUCAAAACAGACUAUGUAUCUGAUGCAUUCAGGUUGUUUUAUAAGGAUUGUUGUGAUGAUCCGGAAAGCAUUGUGGAAUACCUGAACAAUGGGGGAUCAUGUGAAGAAAUUUUAUAUGUACUCACUAGCACAGACACCACAGUUCCAAAUAACCUUGUGAUGGAAAUAUGCAACUUCAUAACUCGUUAUAUUAUGGUGAAACAAAAGUCAAAGGAGCAGUAUUUAUUCAAGAUGUACUACAAGUUCUUUAACAAUCACUUUGACAUUAUCAAGAAUAUGAUAUCUGGGACUGACGAGGAUGCUAAUAUUGCUACACUGAAGUUAUUAUCUAAUGUGGUUCUGUUGUCCCCAGUACUUGCUAAUUAUGUCUUCCUGAAUUUGAAGUUGAAACUGGAACAUUUAAAAAACUUGGCUGAUGGCAAGAACUCAAUGAGUGUAAGAAAUGCUUUCAUAAGAUUCAUUAUGGCAUACAUUGUGAAUCCCAAAGUAAAUGCUGUGAGUUUGAUACUGCUGAAUCCAGAGUUGAUUGGUUUCAUUAUUGCUGGAUUAAAGCAUGAUCCUGCAAAUUUGGUUUGUCUGUUUCUGUCGACGCUGCUGACGGCCCUUGACAAACAUAGCCUUUCGAAUAAGAGGACUGUGCGUACUAAGAUCGUAGUGAAAAUAUUUCAACCGCAACUCGUCACAAAUUUGGUGCGAUUAUACAAUUGGGUUGGACCUGAGUCGCUAACAAAUCCAAAAGCAUUGGCCAACAAGGAGGAAAAGGAAAAAGUUUCAGAGUGUCUGCACGAAUUUCUUUUAUUCAUAUACACGAAAUAUGGUUUCGUCAAUCCUAGCAAAAGGUUUAUUUUGAAUUCCUACUGUGCAAAUAGGUUGGAGCCCAUCGUAGUCGUGUUGGAUAAGAUGGAGAAACCUUGGGAACAUAGACAUGUUAAAUUGUUUGUCGCCAAGCUGUGCAGUUACUUAGUUGAUUUGGCUCCGAUCAUGUGGAAGAAACUGCAGGAACACAUUGAGAAUACAGACGAGAGAUCGAGCAGAGCGAAAGCUUUUGAGUACAUCCCGCUAUUCCUCGAAGCGCUACAUCCAAGUUGUCUUGACUACACUAAGAAAUAUCUACAAGUUGAAGAUUUUAGUCGAAUUAUGCAGCAAUAUAUUCUGCCACCUACAAUUCUGAAAGUGCUAGUGGAUGAAGUAAAUGGAUUCAAGAAAGACCCUAAAAAUGUUCUGGAAUCACUGAAAGCUCUAGAAAAAGUUGUUGAAUUAAUUAUUUCUUAUCAGGAUACCUCAAGACGUUGGUAUUCUGAAGAGUUUUGUUCCAAACUUAUGCAAAAUCUUGAAGUGACUAUAAUGGAUGCUCUUCCAACGAGCGGUGUGCUUCUGGAAAGAUGUAAUGUGGAGGAUGGCGAGUCCAAGACGGACAAAGUCGAAAUCGUCUUGAAUAUACUUAAACUUUACAAGACGUGCUGCCCGUAUCUUCUGGAGGAGAUUAAUCUGAUAAAUUUCUUGAACAGCAUCGACGAGGAUGGCGAUAAAUUCGCUCGAAUUGUCAUCAAAUCUGUGGAGGUGUUUGAAACAUUUGGCGAGGAUCUCGCCUUGUGCUCGACGAAAAGCUUCCAACGGAUCUUGAAAUCGGUUUUACUUUAUCUAUUCGAUAAUAGAGAAGAUGAGGUGAGAAAGGGUGUUUGCAGAAUAUUCAAACAAACAAUGGUAUUCGACGAAGACGAAAGCGAAAUCGAGGUUUGGAUCGACGGUAUUUUGUCUUUCGAGACUAUGAAUAUGGAUGUGGUGAAAUUCUUGGGAAAGAAGUUGCUUGCUAGCAUUAAAAUCAACAAAGUUGGAAGAGUUUCAAAAUUGAUGUACCUGAUCUUUUCCACCAAAACGGAGCAGCAAGAUUACGUAAACUUCGUCGCUUUGAACUGGCUGCAUCGCGUAAUCAAUACAGGUGAGUUCAUAAAAUUUUUGUUGAACUUCCACGAAAACAUCGAUUCUGAUGUAUUCAAGUACAUCAAGAGCUGGGGAAAUGGAAAAGCAAAGAGGCUAUCCUGUGGCUCAUUCGAAAAAAUGUCGCAAUUGAGUAAGGCCAUUUUCAAAGGCGAAGAAUACACCGAUAUACUGACAGUAAAUAAUCCGCAUUUAUUAAGGAUGAUAAUUUUCUACAUCUGUAAUUACCACGAAAUGAGCGAGGAAGGCUACCAAAUCUGCUUGAAAUCUGCUAAAUCACUAGCAAAACCACAAGAUAUUUUGAGUGAGAAUUUGCUGAAAACUAAAUUCGACUUAGGGUCGAAAAACAAUGCGAAUAAAUUCGUGGUCGAUUUGUUGGAAGAUGACGUCGGCGAGAUGAUUGAGUACAGAACCAAAAUAUGCGAAUUUGUGUUGAAAAUCGAUUUAAGAGCGAAACAUGACUCAGAUUUAUUAAGCAAGUUGAUACAAUUUGUACAUUUAAACGUUGAUGAAGGUCAGAAGGUAUUUCAACAUUUCGCUAAAUUCAACUCGAAAUCGUUUAUUGAUAAUAAAAUAUUCUUUGAUAUAUUCAUUUGGGCAUCCGAGGCAUUGUUAAAAGAGGAAAAAAUGGUGAGCGCCGAGACCUUUCAACUGGUGCUAAAUCACUUAAUAUAUCUAAACAAGAGCAAUUAUGACAGUGCGCGACUCUCGAAGAUCGUCGAUUUUAUGAUCGUUAAAUAUCCACAUCUAUUGAAGUGCGUGGAUGAUAAAUUAAUUGAUAGUUUCCUGUGCAAACCAGAUUUCGAUGGGUCAGAGAUUCAAUUGAUCGUGAACCUGUUCAGAUGCGGUAAGAAUAGGAAAGAUUUUCUGGAAACUUUGCAGAUCAAGCAAAGCAAUUUGCUCGUUCACUUGCUAAAGGCCGCUUUCGAUUUGAAGACUACACCGGAAGAGCUGCUUUGGUUAUUCCAGCUGCUGGACAUAAGAGCUUUCUUAAAGAAUCCAAAAUGCGAUGAUCUCCUUUUCAAAAAUUAUGAUAUAAUAUGCGAGUUAAUUGCUUUACAUUCCUCGCAGAAGCAAGCCGAGAAGUUUAUGGGGAAAUAUGAGGCUAGCGUUGAAUCGCACCAAAUUGCAGUAGCAUUUUCAUUGCUCAGAAGUAAUCCUAUUCUUGUUGACGAACACAUAUCGAAGUUAAUCAAAUCCGUGUUGGAUUUAUGCAAAUUGGAGAAGUAUGUUGAGGUGGAAGUAGCCGCUAAGGGAUUCCACAAAUUAUUAGAAAGUGUUGAUAAGUUGACUUGCAAUUUGGACUUUGCUCAGACGUUGCUCAUAGAGGGCAUGAACUCACGUCUAUACCUGUUAAAACUUUUGUCCAGGUUCUUGCAAUUAGUGGAUUUCUCUUCAGAAAUUGCUGGUCGACUUAUGGGCCAGAUCGGUACGCACGCUAAUUGCGCUAAAAUAUUGCUGAAUGACAAGGGGAGCUACAAAGAGGAGCUAUUGGGAAUUAUUAUGUGCCUCGGAGAGAAGUAUCCCGAAGUUUUGAAGAAGGAGAGUUUGGGAUUGCUGUUGGCGUGUUAUGGAGCGACGAAUUCCAAUGCGGAUUUAAAGGUAUUCAGUUUAUUGCAACUGUAUGAGUUGAAUGCUGCUCGCACGCAAUUUUACACAUUUAUGCCAAUCGUCUGGGGACCAGGUGCUAAUGAUAUAUACGAUUUGGAAAACAAAGAGCGCAACAGCCACGAAGAGAUUAGGCAGGUCUUGGGAGGUCUGGAUAUGAUUAAGGUGCAGAACACGAUUAAAAACUGCAGUCUUGAUGUCGAUUUCUGGGAGAGUAGUAGUUGCAACGAUGAGGUGUAUAAUUUGAGCUUCUUUUUGCCAUAUUUCAGUAAUCUUUUAAAGACUACGAAGAUUGGAUUACUAGCACCAAAGUUUGCGCGUAGCGGUGCCCUGAGCUUGGUGCUUUUGGCUUUGGCAAACAACAGCGAGAAGACUAGGAUGGCAGCCUGGUACGUACUGGGGAGGUUGUACGAAUCGUUGGAGAAGUUUAGAACAGAGCAAAAGUUCGCUAUUGUGUAUAGCAGGUUCAUAGCGGCCGUUUGUAAGGGUGUUGUGAAGACGAAGAACUACCAGAUCAGCAAUGUGGCUGCAGUCUACUUGAGCAAGGCAGUGACGAUGUUGGCGAGUAAUCGGAACGCGAUGUACGAGCCAAUAAUCAUGUACUUGGGGGCUAUGGAGAGUAUACCUCUGAAUACAGUUCCGGACAUGUUGCAGAUGCUUACUUCAACGAAUCUGGAGCAUCAGAUGUUCAUCUUGGAAGUCAUUUGUGACGGGCUUCGCGCCGAAAAGGACGUUUGGGUUCUAUUCGAUAACAACAUCUUUGUGUAUUUGAUGGAGAUGUUCACUAGCCACGCGUCUUCCGCUGAAUUGAAGUUGAAGAUCGUGGAGAUCAUUAUGAAGACUACGAAAUACCAGAAUUGCUUCAAACGUGUGAACGCCAACUUUAACUUUUUGAACUGGCUCAGCGAUUCCGUGACGAAGUGUGCCGACGUGAGGGUUUUCGAGAAGUUGCUGGUCAUUUACUCGGAGGUGGUGAGGUGUUCGUUCAUCAAUUUGAAGUUGACUACAUGCCUGUUGAGUAAGGUGAUCGGGAAAUUCGAGGCGUUCCGCACGGACGAACGGGUGGCUCUGGAGUUUGCCAAGUGUAUGGACCUAAUCGGCCAAAAGAAUAUCUCCCUGAUCAAGAAGGAAAUGCUUGAGACGGUGCUUCGCCUUACAGGCAGCGAUCAUUGUAAAUACCUACUGGACUAUUCCGUGAAGGUCGAGAUUCUUUCCGAACGGUACGCAGAAAAUUCCGUUGACUUUUAUUGUAAACAAUUAACGACAAAGUUCGUUCAUUCUCACAAGAAUGAAUGCAACAAACAUUAAUAAAUUCAAUUAGUUUUCGUUC